AUGGCCCGAAAAGGCAAAUGCAAGGUGAGGACCGGGUGUUUUACUUGCAAAAUUCGCAGGGUCAAGUGCGACGAGGCCAAACCGGACUGCCUCCGAUGUUCGAAAACCGGCCGCGUUUGCGAUGGCUAUCCGGACCCGGCCAAGCCCAUUUCUCUUCAGCUCCAGCUGCUGAAGCCGCUGAGCCUGUUCCCGGAGACCGGCAUGCAGGAGAGCAGGGCGCUGGAGUACUUUUGCAACAUGGUUAGCCCGAACCUGCCCGGCGCCACCGACCCUUACUUCUGGACGCACCUCGUCGUGCAGUUUAGCCGGUACGAACCCGCGGUCCGGCACUCCAUCAUCGCCAUCAGCUCCCUCUACGAAGACAUCGUCCGGGAGGAGGACAGCCCGCUCGGAUCGCUGGCCCAUCGGCGUCGGAACAAUAUUAUCAUCCUGCGGCAUUACAACGCCGCGAUCAAGGAGCUCAAGGAAAUGCAGAAUCCGGGCCUGGUCCUGCUGGUCUGCAUCCUUUUUAUCUGCUUAGAAGUUUUACAAGGCAACCGGGAUGCGGCCUUACGCCACUGCACCCACGGCAUUGCCAUUCUCGCCGGUCCCGAGCCUUCGUCGCUAAAUUGGGUGAGAGAGUACCUGAUGCCGCUGUUCCGCCGCUUGACUACACUGCCAUUCUUUUUCAAGUCCGAAGAGGCGGACAGGCUCGACUUGGACUUGGCCAUCUCACGCUACACGCCGCCGUCGUCCUUCUCAAAUCAGUCUGAAGCAGCGUAUAUGAUGGACGACAUUAUGAACCAAGUGAUGCUAAUCAUCCGGCAAGGCUUCUCAGUCCACAUAGGACCCAGUCAUUACGAGCCGAUCUCGCCUCAUCUAUUGAAGGAGCAAGACAGGAUUCUAUGCCUAACGAGACAGUGGUACGCUAUGUUGAUGGACCUUGAAGCCAGGUGCAAGGUGCAGAAAACCAGUGUGGCGAGGGCGCUCAUGUUGGCCAAGUACCGCGUCGCCCUCAUGUGGGGCUCCGAGGCCUUUUCCCGCGACGAAUUUGGCUACGACGACUACGGGGACGAGUUCCGCAGCAUUUUAGACGACGCAGAGGAGGCGGUAGCCUUUCAAAAGGAAGGGGGCCUCAAACCGAGACCCUCAUUCGAGAUGGGCUUUAUACCACUGCUCUUCUUCUGCGCCCAUCGGUGCAGAGUACUGCAUUUGAGGCUGAAGGCCCUGAGACUGAUGAGGACCCUUGUGGCACCUCGGGAGAGUCUCUGGGAGAGGGAAGGAAUGUGUGCCUUGGCACGACUGAUCAUCGAGGUCGAGCACGGUCUGGCUCUGGACGACAAAGGUCGGCCCCGUCCGGGGGCAGUGCCAGUAUAUUCCAUUCCAGAGUAUACGAGAGUGCUGCAUUUCUGUCCCGGGGAUGCGGACGAGUACGAUGAGACGUUUUUCGGCCAUGGGCCGCGCCAUUCCAGAGUCGUGCUGUUCAUGAGGAAUCGUAGUGGCGAUAUGUACCUGCGCCUGGAGGUCCUGGGUGAAGUGUCGACUCCUCCAGUUACUGUGGGUGAAGGCCGUGCUGAGAACAUCACUUUAUGUCGUGGAGUGCGGAGCUAA